CAAAAAUAAUAAAAUAAUAAUAAAAAUAUCUCAAAAUAUACACAUUCAAACGUAUAUAUAUACAUAUAAGCCAAAACUUCAAAGUAACUGCAAGUAGAAGUUUUUAGGGGUUUUCAACUGAAAGUUUUGAGUAUUAGCGGGCAACGAAAUGAAACUUUUACUUUCCCUGAUGCUGCUACUUGUGGCAGCAAUUGCCACAGUCUCAGCCGAGGACGAAGCCCAAGCCGAAGCCAAAGCCGCAGCUGCAUCCCAGUCAUCGUCCGCUAGCGGCGUCUUCUUUGGAAACCGCUACAGACCGCUAUCCAAGUAUUGUCAGCAAUUCGAAAAAAGUGCGAAGUCCUCCUAUCCAAUCUGUGAGAUACAAUAUUUUAUGUCACCCACAUACAAACGAUGCAGAUUCACGUGCAAGCUAAGCAGAUUAAUGGUAGACCAUUGCGAUCUCUUCUAUGCGGGAAGAAACCGUUUUCCAAAAUGCGAGGACUUGUACUGCACAGGUAAACAAUAUAGAACAACAACGACAAGAAAACCCAAGACGACGACGACGGACUGGAAAACGAGUUCAGUAACAACACCCAAUUCAACCACGAUAUCUACUACAACUACUAGUAGUACUACUAAAAUCCCCUUGGACCCCGCUACUAAGCCAACAAAAGAAACACCUUCAACAAUUUCAACGGAAUCAACAUCAACCAAAUCGGAAUCCACUACAACUACUAGCUCAACUAAAAUCCCCUUGGACUACGGUUCUAAGCCAACAAAAGAAACACCUUCAACAGUUUCAACGGAAUCCACAUCAACCAAAUCGGAAUCUACUACUACUUCUAGUUCAACUAAACUUCCCUUGGACCCCGGUUCUAAGCCAACAACCAAAUCGGAAUCUACUACUAAACUUCCAAUAGAGACAACUUGUGAUAUAAUUUCCAAUUCAACUACAGUUAAUCCAACAACAGAGUGGAGUCCUUGGGAAACUUCUUCUGAAUCAACAUCAGAAAUUUUUGAUUCAACAACCGAAUCGGAUUCUUCUACUGAACUUUUAGUAGAGACAACUAGUGAAUUAGUUUCCGAUUCGACUACAUUAGAUCCAACGACAGAGGAGAGUACUUGGGAAACUUCUUCUGAAUCAACAUCAGAAAUUUUUGAUUCAACAACCGAAUUGGAGUCUUCUACUGAACUUUCAGUAGAGACAGUUUCAGAUUCGACUACAUACAAUCCAACGACAGAGGAGAGUACUUGGGAAACCUCUUCUGAAUCAACAUCAGCAAUUUUUGAUUCAACAACUGAAUUGGAGUCUUCUACCAAUCAUCCAGUAGAGACAACUAGUGAUUUAGUUUCGCCUUCAACUACAUCGAACCCAAGAGGGGGAUCAACAGAGGAAAGUCUUUGGGCCAAUUCUUCUGCAAUUUUAAAUUCAAUAACCGAAUUGGAGUUUUCUACUAAACUUCCAGUAGAGACAAUUAGUGAUUUAGUUUCCGAUUCAACUACGUUUAACCCAACAAAGGGAUCAACCGAAAAAAGACGUUGGACAACUUCUUCGAAACCAUCUACAGAAAUAUUUAAUUCAACAUUCGAACCGGAAUCUGUGAUAUUCCAGUACUCAUUUGGCUGGCCUUGGUCCCAAUGAUGACUCGUUUGUGCACCAUGGACUGAGAUACUUACAUACAUAUUAACAGAUGAGGGUGACUUGGCCAUUCGCAAACAUACAUUCGUUGUAGUAUGUAGAUACAAAUGUUGUUAAGCUGGUGUUGGGGCUAGAAUUAAAGGUAAUCCAAAAAUAUACGACAAAAAAGUGUGCAUUUAA